GGAACAGGAAAAGUGAGUCGAUGUGAGGAGGGAUAACGCAAGUACAAUGUCUAAGGGCCGCUGAGAAGGAGCCUGCAACUGGUGUCAGCAGGGUGGAGAGAGCAGGCGAGCGAGGGAGAGACUUUGCUGAAGCGGCUGCAGGGAUCGAUCUGCCGAUGAUGAUGAACAGUGUGUUUUAUGAUAUGCCCGAGAUGGAGCUGGUCAUCUCUGACAAAAACCCCAUGGAUGAGUUUGAGUUGAUCCAGCGAAUCGGGAGCGGGACAUAUGGUGAUGUGUUUAAGGCUCGUAACACACAGACUAGUGAACUAUCAGCUGUCAAGGUCAUCAAACUGGAUCCCGGUGAUGAUAUAUCUUCCCUACAGUUGGAGAUUACAAUGAUGAAGGGUUGUAAACAUCAAAAUAUCGUUGCCUUUUUUGCCAGUUAUUACAGAAAUAAUCGAAUGUGGAUUUGCAUGGAAUACUGUGGGGGCGGAUCAUUACAGGACAUCUACCAAAUCACAGGCCCCUUGUUGGAGAAACAAAUUGCCUACGUCUGCAGGGAAACACUUCAGGGACUCCAGUAUCUUCACGGCAAUGGGAAAAUGCAUCGAGAUAUUAAGGGGGCGAAUAUUCUGUUGACAGAUCGUGGGGAUGUGAAGCUGGCUGAUUUUGGUGUCUCAGCAGAGCUCACCGCCUCAGUGGGCAAGAGGAAGUCAUUCAUCGGUACACCAUACUGGAUGGCUCCAGAGGUGGCUGCUGUUGAGAAGAAGGGAGGUUACAACCAGCAGUGUGACAUCUGGGCAGUUGGCAUCACAGCCAUUGAGCUGGCAGAGCUCCAGCCUCCCAUGUUUGACCUGCACCCAAUGAGGGCUUUGAUGUUAAUGUCAAAGAGUAACUUCCAGCCCCCAAAACUGCGAGAUAAAUUGAAAUGGUCAUCGGAGUGUCACAGUUUCAUUAAGAUGAGCCUGAGAAAAAACCCCAAGAAGCGUCCCACGGCGGAGAAGCUGCUCCAGCACCCGUUUGCCAAUCAGGCACUCAGCAGGAUCCAAGGGAUUGAACUAUUGGACAAAGCAACUAACCCAGACCCAAGCAGCUGCUCCCUCACAGAAGACAGCGAUUUGGAGCCCUGUGAUGCCUUCCCCGAUAAAAUCCACUCUCUGGGACCACACAUGAGAGCAGAGAGGACACGCUCAGAGAUCCAGUUUCGUCAAGUGCAGUUUGGACGGCCGAUGAAGAAAGAGACAGAACCAGAGAGCACGUUGGAUCCUGAUCAGGACGAGGAAUGGAAGCUAGAGGGGAUCAGCGAUGACAGUCUGAGCCUGCUGCAGACUGUCGAAGAAGCCCUGCAGCAAAGCAACCAAACGAUAAAACGAGGCCCCACGAAACAGCAAUUGGAACCAGCCUCGCUAGACGAGGAGAGCUGGAGCACGGAGGAGAAAUGUUCCACAGUGAGACGCGCGCCGCAGCCCCACUACCCCUCGGAGUCAGACCACUGCCCCAGGGAAUGCCUGGCAACAUUGGACAACCUCAGUCCCACGGCAGAACAGGGCGUGGCUUACUCUGGCAAAGGGAGGGCGGCACCAGAAGAGUCUGCAGGCACGGCUCAGGAUGGGCCUGAAUCCCAGCAGCCAUCAGAAGAGACUGCAGCGUUGCACAGUCAGGGAGCACCGAGAGAAAUCUGUCAUGGUUUGCCUCCAACUCCACAAGUCCAUAUGGGAGCCUGUUUCUCAAAGGUGUUUAACGGCUGCCCUUUGAAGAUCAACGCUUCAGUUUCCUGGAUCAACCCAAAGACCAGAGAUCAGUAUUUAAUCCUGGGUGCAGAAGAAGGAAUCUACACACUGAACCUAAAUGAACUCCAUGAGGACACAAUAGAAAAGCUGCUCCCUCACAGAUGCUCCUGGCUGUUUGUCCUGAACAAUGUCCUCAUGUCCGUCACUGGUAAAUCUCUGCAGCUGUACUCCCACAACCUGGCGACACUCUUCGAUCAGAGGAAGAACGUUCACAACCUGCAUAUCUCCCUCCCAGCCAACAGGCUGACCGACAGAAUCAUCCCCAAGAAAUUUGCACCCUCUUUGAAAAUUCCAGACACUAAGGGCUGCCGAAAGUGCUGUGUAGUGAGGAACCCGUACACAAGGUCCACAUUCCUGUGUGGUCUACUGGACAGUGGCAUUAUCCUUCUGCAGUGGUAUGAGCCCCUCCAGAAAUUCAUGCUUCUCAAGCAAUUUAACCUCACGCUCCCAAACCCGCUACAAAUCUUCGAGCUGCUGGUCUUCCCAGAUGAGGAGUACCCACAGGUGUGCCUGGGAGUGCGGGCCCCAACACAUCCCAACCAGGUCUUACAGUUCGACACCGUUCAGCUCAAGUCCUCUGGCUCGCUCGGCCCUGCGACACGGUCAGAGACCUCACUGAUGAAUGCGAGCCACGUGUCACAGCUGGACCGGGACAGUGUUCUCGUCUGUAUUGACAAUUGUGUGAAGAUUGUGAACUUGCAUGGAGAGCUGAGUCACAGAAUAGGGGCCGAGCUGACUUUCCGAUUUUGCGUUCAGACAGUCGUGUGCCUGCAGGACAGUGUUCUUGCCUUCUGGAGACAUGGGAUGCAAGGCCAGAGCCUCCAGUCAAAUGAGAUAACUCAGGAGAUAACAGAUGAAACGAGAAUGUUCCAUGUGCUGGGUACCCAGAGAGAUAUUAUUCUGGAGAGCACCCCGACAGACAAUCCAGACGCUCAGAGUAACCUCUACAUUCUCACAGGCCACAAGAGCACCUACUGACACAGCAACUAGGACGUAGGGCUUCCGGAAUGUUGGUGUACGAGCGUGAGAGCUUCGGAAGAGUCGGAACACGUCGGUGAUCAGAAAAGCCUUUAGUUAAUUAUUAUUUAAGUGAUGUGUAUAUGUGCAGAUUAAAGUGGAAGUCAACUUUC